UGCAGGCUUGAGACGGAAGGGCGCGUGCGCACAACGCUCGCAACGAACUCGUUCUGCUCUAAGUCGCGCAGUACUGGUUGUCGCGAGUGGGCGCCCUCAGACGCUCCCGGAAACGCAAUGGUUCCCUCUGCCUGCACCUGUACGCCUCAGGAAAGGGCACUGCCCGUCAAAGGGUUUGCUGUGAAACAGAUUCCAUCCCAAGCUCAGCCUAUUUCAGGACUUUAUAAAGGCUGCUGAGCUCCCCCGCUGGCCCUGCAUCCUGCACAGGCCCCGCAUGCCAGCGCCACGCAGCGGCUGACGGAGGGACCGGCCGCCCGCGGAGCGCAGGCGCACUGGCUCCUUCGGGACUUCCGGGAUAGCUCCCUGAGACUUCUGUGGCGCGGGCCGCGGCGCGAGCGCGGACGGCGGCCGGGAGCGGGGAGAGGCGCGCGCUGCGCAUUCUGGCUCCCGUGUCCCCGCGGUGCCAGCCAUGCGCUACAACGAGAAGGAGCUGCGGGCGCUGUCCCGGCAGCCGGCGGAGUUGGCGGCGGAGCUGGGCAUGCGGGGGCCCAAGAAGGGCAGCGUGGCCAAGCGGCGGCUGGUGAAGCUGGUGGUCAACUUCCUCUUCUACUUCCGGACGGACGAGGCCGAGGUAGGGGCGCGGGCGCCGAGGGGGGACCCGCGCGGGCGGCCGGCGCUCACGCCCGUGUCUCGCGCAGCCCCUCGGAGCCCUGCUGCUGGAGCGCUGCAGAGUCGCGCAGGAAGAGCCCGGCGGCUUCUCCAUCACUACGAGUACAUGCGGAGAAGCCUCAUCUUCUACAGGAAUGAGAUACAGAAGAUGACAGGCAAGGACCCCCUGGAGCAGUUCGGCAUAUCCGAGGAGACCAGGUUCCAGCUGAGCAGCUUGCCGAGAGAUGGGCAGUCAGCUAGGGUCAGCUCCCGGCUGGAUGAGCUGGACUGACCCUGAGCUGGGCCCCCUGCCCUGGGUUCCUGCCCACAACUGGGUCUGCAGUGGGAGGUGCUUUGGCCUAAAGCUGUCCAAAGCCCGAGGGUGGGUGGGGUGGACAGGGACUGCCUCUUGAGAAGCUGCACAGCGCGCCCCUCCCUCCCAACUUGGGAUCCACCAGAUAGGUCUGGCACCACAGCGUCACAUGCCCCCGCCCGGUCUCUCAGGUGCACCAUCGAGGGCCUGCUGGGCACCUGACUGGCACAACCCUGCUGUUCAUGCCAGCUGAAUGUACGAAGCUAGGUGAAGCUGUGAAUGGUGAGGGGUCUCCCUCAACCAGCCGUGAACUUGACUCCUGCUGAUGGGGCCAGCCCCUGGCACUGGUCUCCAGGUGGCCAAGCUCGCUCUGUUCAAUAAAGGUACCUCUUUUCCAGACCA